GCGUCACUCUUCGUUAUUUAUGAAAGCAAAGUUCAGAACGGCUUCCUCACCACUUACCGCAGCAGUGGGCCUUUUCCCAUCACUUUCACCGAAAACACUCUCUUCUUCCUUUCUCUCCCUAAACUCUAAAGCAAGAAAGCUUUUUCAGACCUUCAUGUGUUCAGUUCUUUUGCAGUCUCCUCUUUGUGUUCUUUUAAAAGUCCAGGAAAAAUUAUGUGGGUUCUCUUUAGUCUUUAAUGGCCUCCACUUUGUUACUAUCUUGGAGGUUUAAUUGCAGAGAGUCUCUUUCCUGAAUCAGGGAAUCUGUUUGUAAAGGCCAGAAUUUGGAUUUUUUAAAACCCUCGUUUUAAUAUAAAACUUUUGCUUAUCUAUCCUCUUCAAUGGAACCUGACCAAUGAAACAGUCGAUUUACUCUCUUUUUUUUUCUCCAAUUUUUGCAGCUGAAGAUUGAUUUUUUAAGUUUUGGUUCCAUUUUUUCUUUACGAAGAUGACUAUUUGAUUUUUUUUUGGAAAUUUUUGGGUCUCAAAAUGGACCAGUUCUCACACAUAUAUUAUGGAGUGAUGAAAUCUUUCUCUGUUAAGAACAAAAAGUUGAGGUGCCCUAAAGAGGAAGGAAGAGAAGUUGCAGAAACCCUAGCAAGAGGUGCCAAGAAGAACUCUCAGCUCCUCUGCUCUCUCAAUUCCUCAAAUCCUCAUGUUUCUGUGUUUUCACAGAGGGGAAAGAAAGGGAUAAACCAGGAUUGCACGGUAGUUUGGGAGGAAUUCGGUUGUCAAAAAGACAUGGUAUUUUGUGGGGUAUUUGAUGGGCAUGGUCCAUGGGGCCACUACAUUUCAAGAAAAGUUCGAGAUUGGAUGCCUCCUACUUUGCUGUGCCAGUGGCAAGAGAUUCUUGCUUUGAAUCACCUUACUUCGAAUGUGAAGAAGCCCUGCAAAACUGUGGGAAACGAUGUGAAAUUUGGAGGGAUGGAUUGUAUUGAAGCAUUUGAUAUUUGGAAGCAGUCUUUUCUUAGAACUUCAGCGUUGAUUGAUGAGGAACUUCAUAGGCAUCGAGGUAUAGAUAGCUACUAUAGUGGUACAACUGCAGUUACCAUAGUCAAGCAGGGUGAUCUCAUUGUUGUUGCAAAUGUUGGCGACUCCCGCGCGGUGUUAGGGACAACCUCUGACGAUGGCAAUUUGGCUGCAGUCCAGCUAACAGUUGACUUGAAACCAAAUUUACCUCAGGAGGCAGCACGUAUAAGGCAUUGCAAUGGCCGUGUAUAUUGUUUACCUGAUGAACCAGGAGUCAAUAGGGUAUGGUUGCCAAAUGAAGAAUCACCAGGGCUUGCAAUGUCGAGAGCCUUUGGAGAUUAUUGCCUCAAAGAUUUUGGCCUUAUUUCUGUGCCUGAAGUGACUUACAGGCAUCUAACCAACAAUGACCGCUUUCUUCUCCUCGCUUCUGAUGGAGUGUGGGAUGUUUUAUCGAACCAAGAAGCAGUAGAGAUAAUUGCUUCUUCUCCUCAAAGAGAAACUGCAGCCAAAAGGCUGGUUGAAUGUGCAGUGAAGGCAUGGCGUUGGAAGAAACCCGGUUUAGCAGUGGAUGACUGUGCAGCUGUCUGUUUCUAUUUGGACAAUUUUUUAUCUCCAAAUAAGCAGAUUAACUCAUUUAAGCCAGCUUCCUCCUCAAGGGUAGAGAGAUAUCGAAACGAAAAAGCAUAUAAUAUAGGCAAAGGACUUCUCUGCAAAUAGGCGAGUUUCCAACUGCCAUUCUCAGUUUCAUUAUUUGUCUUUUAUAACCCCAAUCAAUUGGAGUUUGGUAUAUUCUCAAACAGAUGUUUCUCAUCUACUAGAAAAUAAUCUCUGUGGGCCUUUAGAUAUUUGUAUUUAUCAACCAAUCUUAUUUCCUUUAUUUUCUAUUCUUGUGUUAUUUU